AUGAUAGAAGUCUUCUUCUUCACUGCUGUGCGUUAUUGCAUUUUUUGGCGCGUUUUCACCACCUGCAGCAACUACUCCCGCACCUACUCCUGCACCUGCACCUGCACCUGCACCUGCAUCACCUGCAGCACCUACUCCUGCACCUACACCUGCACCUACUCCUGCACAUACUCCUGCACCUACUCCUGCACCUGCACAUGCACCUGCAUCACCUACUCCUGCACCUGCACCUGCACCUGCACCUGCAGCACCUGCAGCACCUACUCCUGCACCUACUCCUGCACCUGCAUCACCUACUCCUGCACCUGCACCUGCACCUGCACCUGCAGCACCUGCAGCACCUACUCCUGCACCUACUCCUGCACCUGCACCUGCACCUGCAGCACCUACUCCUGCACCUGUAGCACCUACUCCUGCACCUACUCCUGCACUUGCACUUGCACCUGCACCUGCACCUGCAGCACCUACUCCUGCACCUGUAGCACCUACUCCUGCACCUACUCCUGCACCUACUCCUGCACUUGCACUUGCACCUGCACCUUCCUGUGUAUCGUCAAACAUAUCUUUGUUGGCUCCUCUUGA